AUGCGCCGCUUCUGCCACGUCCCUCGCGGCCGGCGGCCGGCCGCCGCGCCCCACGACCACCAGCCGCUCCCGCCGCCGGAGUGGAUCGAUCCGUACCCGGACCUCGCGGACCCGAGCCCGUACGCCUCCGCGUCGGCGGCCCCGCCCACGCCGUCGCCGUGGCUGCCCCGCGUGAUCUCCCUCGUCCUCCGCUCCCCGCCGGCCACCCUCGCCGCCGACCUCCGCGCCUUCUGCAGGACCUUCCUCCUCCGCCUCUCCCCGGCCUUCGUCGCCGCCGCGCUCCGCUCCCCGCAGCUCACCCCGCACCCGCUCCCGUCGCUCCACUUCUUCCGCUCCCUGCCCAACGGCGCCGACCUCCUCGCGCACCCGCAGCACCUCCUCAGCUGCUACGUCUCCCUCCUCCACUCCUUCGCGCGCUCCAGGGAGACCGCCGGCCCCAACGCCGCCGGCCAGGCGCGGCAGCUCAUCGCAGAGCUGCGCGCGCACGGGGACGCUGUCCUGAGGCACCUCGCGCCGGCGUCGUCGGUCUCGUUGAUCUGCAGCCUCGCGACGUUCGGACUCUCCGAGGAGCUGCUGUGGGUGUGGCAGGCCAUGCGCCUCGCCGGCAUUGAGCCAUCUAGGCUCACCUACAACUGCCUGCUGGACGGCCUUGUCAACGCUGGCCUCCUUGACACUGCCAUCAACGUGUUCAACGCAAUGUCCACGGAAGAUCGAGUGCGUCCCGACGUGGUUUCCUACAACAUUCUCAUCAAGGGGUACUGCCACGCGGGGAGGACGCAGGAUGCGAUGGCACGGCUUGUGGAUAUGAGGGAACAGGCAGAGCUCGCACCAGACAAGGUGACAUACCUCACUCUCAUGCAGCGCCAUUACAGCGAGGGCACAUUUCCACAAUGCAUAGCACUGUUCCAAGAGAUGGAAGAGAGGGGAAUGGGGAAGGAGAUACCUCAACAUGCUUAUGUGCUGGUGAUCGGCGCCCUCAUCAAGGACGGGAAACCAUUUGAGGCGCUGGCUGUGUUUGAGAGGAUGUUGAAGCGAGGUUGCCCAGCCAAUGCAGCCAUGUACACCGCGCUCAUUGACUCGAUGGGUAAGUUCGGGAGGGAGAAAGAGGCAAUGGCACUCUUUGAGAGGAUGAAGGCCAGUGGAGUUGAGCUUGACACGGUCACAUACGGUGUGGUUGUUAACUGCUUGUGCAGAUUUGGCAAUAUGGAUGAGGCACUUGCGUGCUUCAGGAGUUGUGUAGAGAAGGGUGUUGCAGUGAAUGCCAUUUUCUAUACAAGCCUAAUUGAUGGCUUUGGAAAAGCUGGGAUGGUUGACCAAGCAAAGGAGCUCUUCGAGGAGAUGAUUGCUAAAGGAUUUGUGCCUGACUCGUAUUGCUACAAUGUUCUGAUCGACGCAUUAGUCAAAGCAGGACGAACAGACGACGCGUGUGCUUUCUACAAGAGAAUGGAAGAUGAUGGCUGUGAUCAAACAGUCUACACAUAUACCAUUCUAAUUGAUGGUUUGUUCAAGGAACACAAGAAUGAGGAGGCACUGAAGUUCUGGGACAGCAUGAUUGAUAAGGGAAUCACCCCAACAGCUGCAGCUUUCAGGGUCCUCGCCAAUGGACUCUGCCUUUCUGGUAAAUUCAGCCGUGCAUGGAGGAUAUUGGAUGAACUGGCUCCAAUGGGUGUAAUUCCUGAGACAGCUCAUGAGGAUAUGAUCAACGUGUUGUGUAAGACUGGCAGAUUCAAGCAGGCCUGCAAAUUGGCAGAUGGCAUUGUGCAGAAGGGCCGUGAGAUACCUGGGAGGGUUCGAACGAUGAUGAUCAACGCGCUUAGGAAAGCAGGAAAUACCGAUCUGGCAUUUAAGCUGGUGCAUAGAGGAAAGCAGGAAAUACCGUUCUGGCAUUUAAACUGGUGCAUAGUGAAUGAAAUGAUAGAGGUUGACGAAGAGGACGAUCAGCAGAGCGAGGAGGAUGAAGGUGAACAGCAAGAGAAACAGAAAAACAAGAAAAGGAAAGCGAUCGCUCCAAGUUCAGAUAUUUGGGAUCAUUUCACUAAGGUAAAAAUUGCAAAUGGGGAGGAAAGAGCCAAGUGCAAGUACUGUGGGAACUUGUGUCGCUGUGAUACAGAGACAAAUGGAAAUAGCCAACUGCAACCUAGUCAUGGAAAUAGUAGUGUUGGUACUCUAUCUACUUCGGAUAUUGAUCUUGAUGACCUUAGAAACAGUUUUGCUGAAAUGAUAAUUGAAGAUGAGCAACCAUUUGCCUUAUCUGAACGCCCUGGCCUUAGAAAAUUUUUGGCCAUAGCAUGCCCACAAUUUACUUUACCCUCUAGAAGAACAGCCACUAGAGCUUGUGUCGAAGUGUAUGAUGUCCAGAAGGAAAAGCUGAAGAAGUUUUUAAAAGAACACUGUGGAAGGGUUAGCCUCGCAACUGACACAUGGACAUCUAAUACCAACCAAAACUACAUGUGUGUGACAGCACAUUUUAUUGACAAUGAUUGGAAGCUCCACAAAAAAAUCAUUGGUUUUUUCUUGGUAGAGAGUCAUAGAGGGGAAGAUAUUGGAAAAUCCCUAGAGAAUUGCUUGGCAGCAUGGGGAAUUGAUAAGGUUUUUACAAUAACAGUGGACGAUGAUAGUGCAAACAACGAUGCAAUAAAGUACAUGCGGAGGGUCUUGAAUGAAUCAAAUGGUAGCAUUGCUAAAGGAGAGUAUCUACACAUGAGAUGUGUUGCACACAUUGUCAACUUAAUAGUUAGUGAAGGCCUAAAGGAAAUUGAUAGGUCAGUGGUUCGUGUUCGUGCUGCUGUUAAGUUUGUCAAGGGUGAAACAUCUAGAUUGGCAAGGUUUAAGAAAUGUGCUGAAUUAGCAAAGUGGUGUGACAGUGAGGAUAGGUUAUGUAGUGAAAUGGGUAAGAGAAUGCUAGUAAAGUACUACAAGUACUUUGGGGAGAAAUAUGGAGAGAGGCUGGGAGACGGAGAGAAGCGAGGAGAGAAAGAUAAGGGGGAUCAAUUGCUGAACCUGAACUUCGUUGUUUAUUUCUGUGUUGCAAUUGAUCCAAGGUACAAGCUUUCAACUUACAUAAAGAUGGCUAUGAUGAUCUUGUUUGGUGAUGAGAUAGGAGAGAAAUUGUGGGAAACAGUGAACACUUCUUUCCAUGCUUUGUUUGAAGAGUAUAGAAAUAUGUAUGCUCCAAGUGAUAAUGCACCACAACAGCCCACUGAGACUCAAGAACCACCUCCAGAGAGCAGAAGGUCGUUCAAGUCUAUAAUUGCUGAGAAAUUGAGGAAACGUGGGGGUGCAAAUGCCACUACCAAAUCUGAACUUGACAAGUACUUUUCAGAAGACAAUGAAGAGGAUAAUGAAGGGUUUGACAUUCUUAAGUAUUGGAAGGGCAAUGCUAAAAGGUUUCCAAUACUGUCUCGCAUGGCCCGUGAUCUCUUAGCAAUUCCUAUCUCAACUGUCGCUUCUGAAUCAGCCUUCAGUACAGGUGGACGUGUUCUUGAUGAUUUCAGGAGCUCACUCACACCACCAAUGGUUGAGCGUCUGAUUUGUGCAAGUGAUUGGAUUCGUGGAUCCAAUAUUGUUAGUGUUGAAGAGAAUGAAGAAGAAUUGUACAAGCUUGAGGAAGAACUGGGUGCCCUCACUAUUCCUAAGGAGACAACAGAGUCUUGA